AUGCCCCCGCAUCACAGGAUACUUAGGUCAGCAAUACUUGGGUCCAUCCCGGGCAUCACUCAGCUGCGGGCCUCUCGAAACGAUGACAGGAUUGACCGCCUUAACCACGUGUACACUACCGUCCUCCUGGUUGUGUUUGCCGUCGUCGUCAGCACCACCCAGUUUGCGGGUCACCCAAUCCACUGCUGGCAUCCUCCAGAGUUCGAAGAGAUGGAAUGGUACGAAAGCUACAUCGACAACUAUUGCUGGAUAUCCAAUACAUAUCAUGUUCCAUUCUCUGAAGAGCUCUUCCCCGUAAACAUUAGCGAUCGUGAGGACCGUGAAAUAACAUAUUAUCAGUGGGUACCGAUCGUGUUACUGCUCCAAGCUUUCUUGUUUAAGCUGCCAAACGUAGUCUGGAAUCUGCUACACACUUACGGUGGUCUAAAAUUAAACAAUUUAGUAAAAAUGGCCGAAACAACCCAACUUCUGAACCCAGUUGAGCGCCAAACAGUAAUUGAAAACAUAGCUUCACAUAUUGACAAAUGGCUGGACGCAGAAAGAGCUUAUAAAUGGAACAAAAUGACAGUUGCAAAGCAAAGGUUUGCCAACAUUUGCUGCUUGUUUUGUAGCAAACGUAGUGGAACGUUCCUUUGUGGUCUGUUUACAACUGUCAAACUCUUAUAUGUGUGCAAUGUGAUUGGCCAGUUCUUCAUGUUGAACUUAUUCAUGAGCAUGGACUAUAUGUUCUAUGGUUUUGACAUUUUGAAAGGAUUUCAGACUAACCAGCCGUGGAAACAGAGCCCAAGGUUCCCCCUGGUCACGUUUUGUGAUUUUCAUAUCCGACAACAACAGAACAUUCAACGCUGGACAUUGCAGUGCGUUCUUCCUAUUAACCUUUUCAAUGAGAAGGUGUUCAUCUUUCUGUGGUUCUGGCUGUUCCUGAUGGUCAUAUUGUCCAUCUACAACCUCGUCAGCUGGUGUUACAUCGUCAUGCUGAAGAGGCACCGCUACCAGUACGUGAAGAAGUACCUGAAGGUAACAAACCGAAUACAGGGCGACUUUGACGACAAGUUGUGUCGUCGGUUCGCCAAUCACUAUUUCCGGGACGACGGAGUGUUCGUACUGCGCAUCAUCUCAAACAACGCGACGGACCUGGUGACCACGGAACUCGUGAAUUACCUGUGGCAAAUGUUUCAAGACAAGCAAAGCUGUGGACGACCGAGCAGGGCCGGAGAAAAACUGCGGCCCCUGCCCAGGGAUGCAAAUACCAGCGCUACCGAACGUAACUCUAUCCAUGCAAGUUGA